AUGCGAGGGCGCCUGAGAUUUCAGGAUCCCUCCAUGAGGAUAGUAAAGAGUCGAAAGGGUAUCCGCAAGCCGGCGACUGUAGAUCCAAAAAGCCUCUUCGUCGGCAACCUCUCUUUCUCCAUCUCUUUUGCCGAUCUAAUCCAAAUCUUCCAGAAAUAUGGUAGGGUUUCAGAGGUGUUUCUUCCCUGCUUCCCAGGGACGAGCAAGCCCGGGGGCUAUGGCUUUGUUAGAUUCAUGUACGAGGACAAUGCUAGGGCCGCUAAGGGGGUCCUAGAUGGUCAGAAAAUAGAUGGAAGACAGGUUUCAGUUAAGGACACUCGCCCUAAACCCUUUCUGCAGCCCGAUGCCAAAAGGGAACCCAUUCGGAAAGAUGAAAUUCUGAGAGACAGGGGGCAGAUUAUUCAUAAUGUGAAGGGAACGGGUCCGAUAGAUAUAGAGGUUGGGAAAAGCCCCAAAGCAUUUCAUCUGAUCAAUGCUCGACAGGGGUUAAUAGACGGUUGCACAUCUGUAUAUAGACAACUGAAUUUAGCCAUGGACUUAUCCCCAUACAAGCUAGCUCUCAAUGAAGGAGGGUUAAAACCCAAGGGAGAACAGAGAGCUCUCGAAAAUGAACAGCCCUUUAGGGAGGGUGUCCCAGCAGAGGAUAGUUUUGCCUUAAAGUCUAAGUUAGCUGCCCAAUUGGAGAGGCUGCAGCAGAUGGAAUUGAGGGCUGCUUUUUCAGGAAAUGUGUCUAAUGGAUAG